AUGGGUGGUGUUCCCUUCCAGUCCAAAGGGUGCCAAACGUGUAAAAGCCGCAAAAUCAAGUGCGAUCUCCAGCAACCCGAAUGUGCACGGUGCAUCAAGCGUGGUCUCUCCUGUCCAGGGUAUGACAAGGAUCGAACUUUUGUUCAUUAUAAAUCCGCAAAAAGACUAGUAGCUGCAUCUCAAAUCGGGGUGACCGCAGCAGGACCCCAGUCGUCUCCCCUGGAGAUUGCCCAAAAUGUGCCUCUACCCGCGCCUGUUAAUUCCCGCCCCGAGAAUCGUUCCCAGAUAUUUUCUUCUUUUCUAAGCGCCUACUUCCCCCUUGAUACAGUGGGACUCGUGGGCGCUGAUGUAUGGUACCAUUUGAUCACCGGCUUUGCUACUCUCCCCAGCAGGACCGUCACAUCAGCAUCAUUAUUGGACAAAUCAAUGUGUGCAAUGACUUGUGUUGCUUUAGGUCAGAUAAAGCAGGAUCAACAGCUCGUAUAUUAUGGUACCUCCCUCUAUAACGCUGCAAUAAAACACAUGUCGAACAUGAUUCACCGAAAUACCCCCAACGAAGAACUCCUUUAUGCAACAGUGAUUUUCCAGAGACUCGAGCCUUUAUUUUCUCCCCUUGGUGUUGAGGCCUGGAUUGCCCAUUCCGAGGGAACGAAUGCCUUUUUGAGAAAAUGCCAUCGUGAUGCUCCAAACAAUCCCCUAGUCGAAUCAAUAUAUCAGCAUCAAAAAAUAUUGGGAGUGACGGACCCAUUGAAGUCCUCAGAGACCGCUGGCAAACCCAUUGCCGGGCCCUUCGAGAUAUACGCAGCAUUCAAGCCCAUCCUCGCCGGAUUUAAGCAGCUGAACACUCUCAGUAGUCCUGAGUAUUGCGAGAAGCUCCUCAGGGAUUGCAUUUCCCACAAAGAUAAAAUAUCCGCCUGGUUCGCCAGCAUAAAGCCAUCACUUGGCACGGAGCCCACUUCUUACCCAAACUUCAAAUCAACCUGUGCACAUUUGCCCGCAACAGAUGAAGUUUUCGGUGCCGCAUAUCAGUUUCCUGAUCUCAAAAGCGCUAGGCUUCAUGUUCUCUACUGGACGGCAUUAUGUCUCGUGUAUCCAAUGAUCUACCAGGCCAAGAUACACACCAUGGCGCACGAUGGACGCGCUAGAACUAUGGAUCCAAACACUGACCAGGACUACAUGCUCUCCUGGUACUAUGCAGACGAAGCUUGUCGAGGUAUCCCGUAUUGUCUGACGAAUACUGAGCAAAUAUGGGGCGCCCAGGGCGUGAUGUUCUCCAUAGCUCAGGCCUCAAUGAUAUACAGCAAUAUCAGAUGGCGAGAGAAAUUCAUGUGGUGCCAGAAUGCAUUUACGGCUAUAGAGUAUCUCGGAUUUGGACUUGCAGUUUGCCUUAGAGAGGCUGCCUUGAAACAUUGGUUUGUCUCGGAGGAUACACAUGUGAUGCCCACUACAGUUCUUCCAUUGAGAGAUGGGUCGCUGAAGACACCAGUGCCGUCAACGGGUGAAGGACCGAGGACAAUUCUGGAGAUAAUUGAGCUAUCGACUGAUCCUUAG